GGGACAGUGGGUGGAGGGCCUGAGAUCUGCCAUGGAGCAACUUGGACCGGACGCCGCCUCAGGCGACGCCAUGGACUCAUUCCUAGAAAAGUUCCAGAGCCAGCCUUACAGCGGCGGCUUCCGCGAGGACCAGUGGGAGGAGGAGUUUGAAAAGAUCCCCCUAUUUAUGAAGACAGCGCCGUUAGAAAUUGAUCCCAAAGAAAAUCCUGACUUGGCUUGCCUCCAGUCAAUAAUUUUUGAUGACGAGCGAUCUCCAGAAGAACAGGCCAAGACCUAUAAAGAUGAGGGCAAUGAUUACUUUAAAGAAAAAGACUAUAAAAAAGCUGUGAUUUCCUACACUGAAGGAUUAAAGAAGAAAUGUGCAGACCCUGAUUUGAAUGUUGUCCUUUACACUAACCGGGCAGCAGCACAGUAUUACCUGGGCAAUUUUCGUUCUGCUCUCAAUGAUGUGAUGGCUGCCAGGAAGCUAAAACCCUGCCACCUCAAAGCAAUAGUAAGAGGUGCCUUAUGCCAUCUGGAACUGAAAAACUUUGCCGAGGCUGUGAGCUGGUGUGAUGAGGGACUGCAAAUAGAUGCCAAAGAGAAGAAGCUUCUGGACACGAGGACUAAAGCGGACAAGCUGAAGCGAACUGAACAGAGGGAUACAAGAAAAGCAAAACUGAAAGAAAAGAAAGAGCAGAAUCAGAAUAAGACCUUAAUCCAGGCCAUCAAGGCUAGGAACAUCAAGUUAGUCUGUGGAGCUGCCAGUGAAGAUGAAGAUUCCGCCUCAGAAGGUCUAGGAGAACCUUUGCUUGAUGGGAUCAUUUCUGAGAACCCCUGUGGAGCCAGAGUGAGUCUAGAUGACCAGGGCAGGCUGAGCUGGCCUGUGCUCUUUCUGUACCCGGAGUAUGCCCAGUCGGACUUCAUCUCUGCCUUCCAUGAGGACUCCAGGUUUAUGGAUCAUCUAAUGGUGAUGUUUGGUGAAAUACCUUCUUGGGACUUGGAGCAAAAAUACUGUCCUGAUAACUUAGAGGUCUACUUUGAGGAUGAGGAGAGGGCAGAACUAUACCGGGUGCCUCCUGAAAGCACCCUGCUGCAGAUGCUGCAGCAUCCGAGGUACUUUGUAAAAGCCCUGACACCAGCAUUUUUGGUCUGUGUAAGAUCCUCUCCUUUUUGUAAGAAUUAUCUCCGGGGAAGAAAGGUGCACCGGGUAAAGUGA